UACAACACACACGGAAAAUUGCAACCGAAAAUUGCCAGCCAUUUCUUGAACCGCUGUGAAUUGGUGGGAUACCAGCGGUUCUAUUAGCAUUUUUAAGCUCCGUUGUAAAUCGGUCAAAAUAGCGCCUGUUUGGUAUUCCAACAGCAGCAAAUAACAUUUUGUCGAUUUGAAUAAAAACCCCUCGCCUUCAACAUUUGGGAGCCAGUCUUCUUGUUUCGUGCGAACAAUAAAGGGAGCAAAGGCGUGAAUCUCCCUCUCGAACCCUUGCCGGCAUGUAGCUCCCUUCAGCUGCUACGUCCUUCCCCAUCACCGAUCUGCUUCUCCGCCGUUUAGCUCCCGAGUGCGAAAGGGAACUGGAAGGGCGCGAAACCAUCGUUCUUCCCUCUACCGUGCUCAUCCGUGUCGUCGUGGAGUCGCGUGGCUGCCCAUCCGUCUUGGUGCUGUGGUCGUUUUCCUCUUCAUCCUUCCCCCUUGCCCUAUUGUGCGCUACUCGAUCACCCUCUCUCUUCUCACUUUUCAUGCUCCUGUUAGAUGUCUUUAACAAAGACAGGACAUCUUUACCUCAACCUCUGCCAAAUCCACCUCCUUUGGCUCCCAUUCCUAUUGCUGCUCCUGCCCUCAAACACAAGAGAUGAUAAAUGAGAAGUUGAAGAAAGCCGAGGACCUUGGCGAGCAAGGAAAGGUUGAUGAGGCGCAAAAAGCAUUGGAAGAAGCCGAAGCACUUAAGAAGCUUCCGACAAGGCAGGAGCCUGUAGUGGAUAAUUCAAAUUCUUCAAAAUAUAUAGCUGCUGAUGUGUGGAUUGUGAGUAGAUUUCCUGUGUUCUAUAACUUUAAUGAGAUAAUAUGCACUCAUAUUUCGAUUACAUUUCAAAUGAUGCAUCAAAAUAUAUGAAAUGUGUAAUGUCAA